AUGCUCCUCCACGCCACCACAGCAAGUGGUGCGCAGUGGCUCACUCAAACAACCGCCGGUAACCUCUUCCAGAGUGGACAAGCCAUUGACGCCUCGAAAUACUUCAUCGUCAUCCCGGACAGCAUUGGGCACGGACAGUCCAGCAAACCAUCUGACGGUCUACAGUCCGGAUACCCUAGUUACGUCUUCGACGACAUGAUCGAGGCCCAAUAUCAGCUAUUGACUGAAAACCUUGGAGUCGACCACCUCCGCCUCGUCUGGGCGACCACACACCCAACCUUCAUGGACAACUGCUGCGCCGUUGCUUGUGCACCCGCAGAGAUCGGAGGCCGCAACCGAGCAUUCCGUAAGGCUGCGAUGGAGAGCAUCACAUCCGACCCAGGCUACAACGGCGGCAAAUACACGACCCAGCCGCGCGGUUUCGCUCUCGGACUCCCAGAUCGUUCUCUAGAUGGACCUGACCGUGAGAGUUCCGACGUCAUUACGAAUAGCUACGUCCAGAAUGAACUCGCGAGACAAGAUGCCAACGACUUUGUUUACGCUUUCGCUGCGAGUGCAGACUAUGACCCUCGGCCUAAGCUUGGAGACAUCGAAGCGAGUUUCAUGGCUAUCAACUUCGAAGACGACCAGACCAAUCCGCCGCAGCUCAAGAUCCUGGAACGGGAGAUCCAGAAGGUAAAGAAGGGCAGCUUUGUGAUUGUGCCUGCUUCGGAGAAGACAUAUGGUCAUUCGAAUCAGGGACACGCCGAGUUUUGGGAGCAGUAUAAACUUAAUCUACAAACGGUCUCCAUCAACUUGAAAGGCCAUGUGACUUUCCCUGACCUGCCGCUUGACAUAUGGCCACGAUAUCUCAGGCAGAUCAUUCAGACACCUCCAACAUUCUGGCAGAUCAAUCUACCUCCCGGCUCGUCCAAGACGCUCGACGCCGCCACAACGGCGCAAACUACUGAUUCAAGAUUCCUCCGCCACGAAGCCCCGGAUUCUGAGCCCCGAACUCCAGACGCAGCCUUGCCCCCUUUCGGAAUUUGA